UGUUAAUACUGAAAUAUAAAUUCCCUUCUGACAUUUCGUUUGAGUUCGGAGUCACACUUACCGUAAAGUAAAAACUGCCAUUAAUCAUGUUGCGAAGCGGAGCAAUAAGAUUGUCGAAAGUUGUUCGAGCAAAUAUUUUUCCUGCGUCUAAUGUGUCAGUAAAUCAAAAACGUAUGGCGCAUCAUGGGAGUACUGAAACAGAUGAAGAAUUUGACUGCAGAUAUGAAGCCUUUUUCAACAGAACGGAUAUUGAUCACUGGGAGGCUCGUAAGGCCAUGAAUGAUCUUUGUGGAAUGGAUUUGGUUCCAGAUCCAAAAAUUAUAAUUGCUGCGAUGAAGGCUUGCCGUAGGUUGAAUGAUUAUGCUUUGGCAGUGAGGUUCUUGGAGGCUUGCAAAGAUAAGUGUGGACCUCGGCAAAAAGAAAUUUAUCCUUAUAUUAUACAGGAAUGCACUCCUAUUUUAUGUGAAUUGGGAAUUGAAACACCCGAGGAACUUGGUUAUGAUAAACCUGAGCUAGCUUUGGAGAGUGUGUUUGAACAGUGAUUCAACACUGAAAUUAUUUACUUUACAAUUAAAAUGUUUAGAAUCCCUUUACAAUUAGGAUGCUUAUAAGCUUGAAGAAUGUUUACAAAAUUAAUUGAUUGAUAAUUCAGAUUGAUGAAUUUCUUUGAAGAUUUCAAGUAUGAGUAGAAAUAAACAUAUAAAAUUUUAUCCAAUUUUUUUUUAAUAGUUUUAAUGAGCAAUAUGUAAAAUAGCUUCAGCACUUAAUGCUUUGUAGACCAGUAAAUUCAUUGAAAAUUUCUCAUGUCACCGGCUAUUACAUCAUAACAGCAUGUGGAAGU